CCCUCCCCCCCCGGCGGCCAUGCGUUAAGCGCGGUUCAACUAUUCUCUCGCACAAAGUUGCAGAAACAAGUCACCCCAGGCAGCAGCAAACGUGGGGUGUUGCCUGUGCAAGGGCUGGCUUCGUUCUCGUAGGCAGGGGUGAGCAGCAGGGGGACAUGGCACUGCGGGCGCCCCCGCCUACCGUGCUGCAGGGGUGACCGGGGUGAAAUGCAAGGAGAGGGGGUUUUACGCUGUCACAAAUACGAAGCUAAGUAAUCGGAGGCUGAAAUCCUGCCCCAUUGAAAUCAGGGGCAACAUUUCCUUUGACUGUAAUAGGAGCAAGGUUUCACACGGUUCUCUUCCUGUAUUAGCGUUUCAGAGUACAGCAGCCCUGCGUUUUCAGGACUAUACAAGACAAGUUCUUGAUGCUUGCCCAUUGAUCCAACCAGAAGCUUGGAGUAACAAGUAUUUAAGUGAUUUAGAAGCUCAAGUCUCUUGUAAAGUGACUUAGGGGCCUUAGGUUCUUAAGUGCUCACAACCACUUUUUAAAAUGAGAUUUGGCCGCCAAAGUCACUUUGGUUCAGGACUGGCAACAGCCUUAGUCGUGCCCUGGGUGGGGAGGGCAGGGCUCAGCUCUGAGCCCUCCCAGAUGGGCCUCAAGUGGAAGGGGCAGGGUAGGGGGCUAGCCUCCCUUAGGGCUGCCUAGACUCUGCCACACAGGGCUUCUGUAGCUAUUUAAAGGGCCGGGGGAUCUGGCUGCUGCUGCUGCUACUGGGGGGUGACCUGGGGCUCUGGGCCCUUUUUGAAUUGCUGGGUUUCAGGACAGCUGUCCAUCUCACCCAUCUCCCAGUUGGCAAUGCUGUGUAGGUGCUUUUGAAAAGUUAUUUGUCUUUUUAUAUGAGAAUGACAUGAUUUUACUGAUGGCUAAAUUAUCUGUCCCCUGAGCCACAAGUUCAAUGCACUAAGUUAUGUUAUUUUCCUUUCUUCUGUGUAUUUUUCUGUUUGCUUAAACACGCUGUUGACUGACAGUAUUGCUACAUACUAUUUAGUCAGUCUGCUGCUCUAAGAUCUACAUCUUAUCCUAGUCUCCCUGUGUCCCCUACACAUUUUAUAAAUUAAGGAAUAUACUUCCAAGAGGUACAAUAUUGGACUGUGUAAUAGUCUUCCAAGGGAAGUGGUAGCUUUGUUGUUUGCACCAUUAAAUCUAAAAUGAAGAAGACAUUUUAACAUAUGCUGUAGGGAACAAUUCUGCAUUGGUGGGAGUUUGGAUUAGAUGGGCAAAUAGGCCUUUUCUGUCUCUAAUUUCUGUAAUAAACAAUGGAAACCCUGCAGUGAAUAGAACAUUAAAUUGAUUCUGUGGUGGAACUAAUAAGUGUCUCAAUCCAAAUUUUUGCCAUUUAGUGAUCUCAGAGGAGGUCUUCUAAUGAAUCAUGGCAUUAGUCACUCCUAGGCUUGUGUACUUAUGCAGGAUGUCUUAAUUUAGCCAAAAUUGUAACUUUAAAGCGGUGUCAUUGACCUUACGUAUUACAGAAUCCAAUUCUGAAUAAAGUGGGCAACUAGAAGCUUAAGAAUCUACAUUCUUAUCUUACUUUCUGCCUUCUUUUGCAAAGGUAUGAGAAUAGCAAGUAUGAAAUUUAGAAUUUUCCUGUAAUCAAUUAUAAGUGUUCUCUCAGCCUAAAAUAAGCCACACCCAAGAUAUCAUUUUUCUCUGUUUUAAUUUUUUUUAUUAACACCUCUCUGUAACACCUAGCAACCAAGUAUGCUUUAUUAAGGAUAUCUUUUUUGGUUUUUGUUAAUAAAAUCAUCUUUUUAAGGUGUUGAUUUGAUUCUUGUGUCCUGAAAUAUAGCAGGAAAUCUAUGUAUGCAUGCCUAGACUGAAAGGUCAGCUAUCAGAGAUUGCAGGGGGAGGGGAGUUGUUUUUUGUUUGUUUGUUUGUUUUAAUUCAAGUUCUCUUGUGGUAAAAGAGCUUUGGGAGGUGCCCCACUGGAAGAAGUUCAAAUGCUGCCUCCUGAGUUUAAAAAGGGGUGAGUGUGUGUGUGUUUGUUUUUAUAUUUGAUGGUGACAGCUACCUCCCAAGGCCAGGAAAUGUGGCAAAAGCCUAUAGUAUUUAAGGUCUCUUGCAGGCCCCCACCUUCUUCACUCAGAGUGCCACAGUGGGGAGCAACCUUGAAAACCUCUUCUCACACAGGGGGAACCACUAACCUGUCUCCCUGCCUCGUGCUCUCUGCUUUUCAUGCCCGACUGGGUCCCUGAAACAGACUCAUCUCUCCUGCUACCUGGUGCCAUAUCUUCCUAAUGUAGUGUGUUGAGGUACACAGAUCUAUAUGCCCUCUCCCCAGAUAUCUGUCAGGGUUCACAGUGGAAUGCGGCAACAGCCUUUCAUCACUGCUUCCAGCUACAGGCUGUCCCCGACUGGCGACGCGAUCGGUUCCGGGAAUAGCGUCACAAGUCGGGGGCGUCGUAACUCGAGCCCGCAUUUUCAAAAGGUGUCGUACGCCAUCAUAAAUGUGGAGGUGAGGACAUAAGUCGGGGGAUUUCAGCCCCUUCCGCACUUACGGAAAAUGUUGCAAGUGCAGGGGAUCGUAAAUUGGGCCGUCAUAAAGCGGGGACCUCCUGACCAGCGGAGAAGGAGUAGAGGCAAUAUGACCUAGCCCAUAUCUUUGCAGAAUUAAUCUCUCCUCCUCCCCACCCCACAUGGGUAGCUGAAAGUAGCUUGUCCCUGCCUACCUGAACAGCAUUGAAAGGCAGCUAAUACUUUCAAGCUGCUGCUGGCCACCAACAUAACACAGCCUCUUCCUGUCCCCCUGGUACAGCACAGACAGGAAGCAGUUAAGCCCUAAGGCAUCCUUGUGAAUCAGGGCCCAGGAAAUCUGACUGCAGGAGCUUUAGCAAACCAGGCCAGAGAGAUGGCUCAGCAGGGAGGCUGACUAGGGAUGGAGCAGCUCUGUGCUCCCUGGGGAGCAGGACCUGGGGGUAGACAGGUGAGGAGAGUGCCAAGCCCCUGCCUGGGGGAGGGGGGAAGACUGCUGUGGCACUUGAAGGUUUGGAGCACAAGCAGGCUUGAUAUCGCUCUCCUGCCCUCCACGACCUGAGAGCUUAGCUGAGGAGCAGUCUGCCUCAUUCUAAUUCUGUGUGGAGCUUUGGCAUAUGCGGCGUUCAGCUCUUCCUGGCCAGGUCUCUGUGCCAGAGGGUCUUGGGCUUUCCCAGAGUGCCAGCUCAGCAAGCAGCAAUGGGGGAAGGAAGGAGUCUGCUAGCCAGACCGUUGAAGAGCUGAGUACUCCCAUGAGGGUCUUCUUUUUUGCACAGUUCUGGAAGCGGAUUGCAUCCUGCUGGGGUGAUAUGAAAGAGUAGCAGACAGGCGUCAUUUCAGAUGGCGGGGCAGCUGACCUGUGCACGCCAUGAUGGAGAGAGAGGGAGAGCUUGGGGCCAGACUGAGAACACAGGCUUCAGCAGUGUUACUGAGCAUGUUCCGUACAAGCCAAACACCAAAUGGGGACACUCCUCCCCCCGCCAACCCUCCCACACACAUACACAUCAUCUUUAUCCAGAGGCUGUCAAGGACCAUCCGGUAUGUACCAGAAGAGUCCAAAGACAAAACUAUCUCCGAUGAAGAUGUCCUUGAAACACUACUGAAACUCUUUAAAGCUCUGUUCAUAAAUGAUUUUAAUAGACAAAUGGACUUCUUUUCCUUACUUCCAGAAGUAAAAUCCAAGUAUCUGGAAUUACUAACUGUUCAGUUGAAGAAAUCAAAAACAAUUGGUUACAAUCAUCAAAGUCAAAAUACCUUUAAUCCUGAAGAAGUUCUGUUUAAUACAUUAGGGUUCAGUAUUACUCGAGAUCGGAGUUCACUGAUUUCUGCUGGAACAGGAGUUUUUGUUACCAAUGGGUUUGUGCCAAAAGGGACAGUAGUAUCUAUGUAUCCUGGCACAGUAUAUCAAAAGUAUGAGCCCAUCUUUUUCCAGUCCAUUGGCAAUCCAUUUAUUUUUAGAUGCAUAGAUGGUGUAUUUAUUGAUGGGAAUGAUAAAGGAAUAUCAAAAGCAGUGUACAGAUCAUGCAGCAAGAGGGAUCAACUUGGUCCUUUUCAAAUGAGUGAUAUCAGUUGGCUUACACCUACUGUGCAAAAUCCUCUGGCAGUGGGGCAGUAUGUUAACAACUGUUCACACAAUAAGGCCGCCAACAUCUGUUAUCAAGAGUUUGAUGUGCCUGAAUACUUUCCAAUAGAACUGAAACAGUAUCUUCCAAACAUCACCUAUAGCUAUGACAUACCUACCCCCUUAAGGUGUGUGGUUCUUGUCACACUCAGAGAUAUUGAGCAAGGAGAAGAGCUUUUUUCUAAUUACUACACCAUUGUCAACUGAAUCAAUGGAACCAUGGAUUAAAGAAUUAUUUGCCAUUAAGAUAUUUAUUGUGUACACUUGGCAGCCUUCUGUGGAAGGGAGAGCUGUGCUUGUCAAUUAAAAAUGGGCUACAAAGCUGUAUUUUCAUGUAAAUAUUACUUUAUAUUUUGAUACAGUUGUGUAGGUUUGAAGCUGUUUACAUCAUUUAGUUUUCAAAUGCUAAUGCUUCAUCAAAUUUAAUUGGUUUUUAGCUAACUGCACAAUAGCUCAUGAAAUUAAAAUCUAAUUUAUGAAUAUGCUAUUUCAUCUUCUGUUUUGUCUAUUUGCAUAUCACUAUGAUCCAUUUUAAACCUCUAACCCAUUCUGCUGUUCUUGCUAUAAUUAGAGCCCUGCAAAUCUGCAGAUAUCCAUGGCUCAUUUUUGCAGAUAUGGAUGCAGAUACAAAUCCUUGCAAAUUUGUGAAUAUCCACAUUAUAUCUGUUGGUAUCCGUAUCCAUUGAUGUCAGUGUGGGUAUCCAUGGCUCAUCUUUGUGGAUACAAAUUCAGAUACAGAUUUUGUAUCCGCAUAACACUAUAUCUAUAAUGGACAUAACUUGUACAAAACAUGUCCUUCCAGUAAAAUGUCCCUGUUACACUGUGUUUCUAAUGUGAUCCUCUGCACAACACAAUUUCUCAUAAUUGCUCGUGCAGUUAUAUUAAUAGAAUGUUAUGUUUUGGAAAAUAAAUUCUACUCUUACUGCCUUUUAAAAAAAAUUAGUAUCUUUUGGCAUGCAUUUCUGAGGCAAGUCAUUCACAUGCUAUGUAUUUUGAGAGACUAUUUUGACCUACAGCUUAAUUGAACUAAUAUCAGUGAUGUGUUUUCUUUUAAAAAGCAAGUGUCUAAUAUUUUUGCUAAUGGGAUCAUUUCCCAACACAAAUUUCUUUGAAGCAGUGUUUGAAAUUUUUAUUUGCCUAAACUCUAGAGAGCAGUGGACAACUUGUAGCCCCCCAUGUUGCUCUUCAGGGUAUCAUGAGACAUUUUGCUGACCGUGACCACCUGCAGGCAUGGCAACCUACAAUUCCCAGUGGCCUCUGUUGUCUGUUCCUGACCAAUGGGAAUUGCGGGAAGCAGUGGCCAUCAUGCCCCUGUGGCCCCUUUAGUUGCAGUGACUGCUCCCACAGCACCCAUUGGCCUGGAGCAGAGAACCCUGGCCACUGGGAGCUGUGGAAGGCGGGGCCAAGUAAGUGUCACAGUUAACAAAAUGUCUCAUGGCCUGCAAUCAGAUUACCCAUGAACUUUCUGUGGGCCACCGUUUGUUCAUCACUGAUACAGAGUUUAUGAAAAUAAAAUUCUCAAAUAGUGUUUCAAAAAAAAUGUGUUGGGAAAUUAUCACAUUAGUAAAAAUAGCCCUUUACAUGCCAUUUCCCUCUACAGUACCAAUGCUAAACAGAAGGCAGGGUUGUCUGCUGUGCCCAUCAAUGUUGAGUCUCCUCUUAAGAGGCCAAACUAGGAACUUGCUUCCUUUCUUUGCCAUUUGAUUUUCUCUUCCCUUCUGUGACAGGGCACAUCUGCCCUGCACUGUUCUUUUAAGGGUCAAAACCCAGCCCUGUGAGAGGGCUGAAGUGGUGGAGCCAGCAACUGAGGCAGAGAGCACCAGUUAGGGUCCAGCUGAGGCUCUAUAAAUAAGGGCUCUUGGAGGGGCAGAAACAAGACUCGUUCUUGCUCCAGCUGUGGAGCAGGAUGGACCUAGCUGUGAGGGAAGUUAGAGGCUUCCUGACCCAGAGCAAGGCAGGCUCCAAGGCCUGAGGCUACUAGGGCUGCAGGGAGGAGACCAGGGCAGUAGGAGGCAGCAGGUUCACACCCCUUUCCUAUGAUGAGUGGCCAUUACAGACUGCAGUUUGCCCCUGAGGUAGUGGCUAGAUGAAGCCUGGCAGUAGGGUCACUGAAGCAAAGUGGGCAUAGGGGUUUGGGGCUCCCCUGAGGGGGAGGGCCCAGAGGGUGGGAGCAUUGCAGCAAGGUGGUACCCAGAGAAGAGGGCAUCACGGUCUGAGAGGGAUGUGGGUUCUAACAAAGUGGUGGAGACAUUAACAAACAGGUAACAGCAGGCAUGGCAGCAGCUGAAAGGGGGUGCUCCAGAGCUGAAGAGCUGAUUCCUAGAGUGUCCAGCAGGAGACACUGUGGUGGUGAGUCUGAGACUGAAUCAGAAAUUGUUUUCAAGGGCCCUUGCCUUAGCAGAAGUCUACUGAGUACAAGGCCACCCCAUAAAGAAACCAGAGUAAGCAGCAGAGCUGGUUGACCUCUGAAGAGGAGCCUGGGUGCUCAGGACAGUAAUCAAUGCUUUUUUCUCUCUCUCAUAUCCUCAAGAAGACAGUGCAGCACUCAGACUCUCUGGCUAGUGUAACUUUCUUUGUGUUCAGCACAAAGUAAAGUUUACAGUCAUAUGAAAAUUACUCAUCUGGGUAUUUUAGAAGAACUAGGUGCUAUCUUUAAUCGCCAAGUAGCAAUGCAAGCCAAAGCCAUUAAUUGUAAUAGUGUUACUUGCAUGUUAAUAGCUUUUAAAAUCAUAUAAAGUAACAUCUUAAAACUGGAAGCUGCAUCCACUACUGUUUUACUCAGAACAGUCUCCUCAUUCCACCACUACUAGCUCCGAAUGUUAAGGUAAUUUAGGACUACAAGUCCCCAGCUGUAUUCUGCAGAGUGUGAACACAAUACACGGGGACUAGCUCCUCCUUGAUAAUGCUGCUGAAAAUGAGGAAUCAGCUAACCAACCUUCGUUAUAGUCUGCUCCUUCAUAAGAGGAAAGCAAGAGGCCUCACUCGGAUCUGGAUUAGAUCAGGCAGUGGUAGCCAAUAUCACCCUGCUGGUUAGCGGAAGAGAACCAAAAACUAUCCUUUGAGGGGAGCAGACCAGCAAUAGGAGAUACCAGGCAUGAGCUACCAGACAUACCCAGUAGGUAAAUCAAAGUGGUGGGAAACUAGGCAACUGGUUGUAUUUGGGCUAAGCAGACCUUGGGGGAAGUGUGAGCGAGAUAAGAAUGCACUAAAGUGGGAUAUGUGAAAUGGUUUUACAUUCAAAUAUGAAUACACAAGUUAGUUUUUUUAGAUUAUUUAGCUACACACAGGAACACAGGCUCUUAUUUUAUAAAAUCUCAGUUGUUUCAGUAAAUCCUGCUGUUUUAAGAAUAAGUAGUAGAGGAGAAGAUAAUAUAGAAUUGUUAGGAACUUAAUUACCAGCAUGACAACAAAUCAGACAUCUAAACAAAAUGUAAUGGCUGGAAGUUGAAACUACACAAAUUCAGAAUGGAUAUGGUUAAUUGACUAAUUAACCAUUUGAACAAUUUACCAAGGAUCACUGGAGGAUUCUACAUCACUGACUUUCUAAAACAAGAAGGGAUGUUUUUUAAAAAGAUCUUCUUUAAGAAUUAUUUUGGGGAAGUUCUUAGGCCCAUAUUAUACAGGAGGUCAGACUAGAUGAUCACAAGAGGUUCUUCUGGCUUUGAAAUCUGUGAACAAUACAAUGAACAUUCUCUGUUGGUUUGUAAUCUAGGAAAAUGACUGAUUAACUUUUAGUUGGAACUCCCUCAAAUCAGCAUUUUUAUGCUAAUUAAUUCUAAAUCCUUGUACAUGAGUAGUGUAGAUAAAGGACAAAUAGUACAAAGACAAAAAAUAAGACUAUUUUAAAUUACACUUCCUAGUUCAACAAGGUCCUCUUCCCAAAUAGCAAUCUGCUUUUAAUCAACUCAUAACAUACAUAAAAUGAUGUAUUAGUGCUGGUAUAUAAUUAACAUAUUUAGGGCCAAUGCCUAACAAACAUGAAGAAUUACAUUGAGUAAAUAAUUCUUUAGAAACUCUAAGCACUUAGGCUAGGUCUACACUCGUGGCUUCUUGCGCAAGGGUUCUUGUGCAAGAAGUCUUGCGCAAGAAAAUGUCCACACUACUAUGCGCACACUGUGCCUUUGU